ACUUUGUGGUUUCCCUUGUUUGCGAAGAUAACGAUUAUUUCCGACUCAGCCCAGAAGUGUAGCUGCAGAGCUCCUCGGAGGCGGGAUGGCGGCUCGGACCGCGCUGCUCUUUCUCCUGGGAGCGGCGGGAGUGGGUCCAGUCCCUUCCCAAGGCUCGCAGGGGGACCGAGAACCCGUCUACCGUGAUUGCGUGGCUCACUGCGAGAGGCGCAACUGCUCUGAGGCCGGGCUGCGGCACUUCCGCUCCCGCCAGCCACUCUACAUGAGCCUCACAGGAUGGACCUGCAGAGAUGAUUGCAAAUAUGAAUGUAUGUGGCUGACUGUGGGACUUUAUCUCCAAGAGGGAUCAAAAGUGCCUCAGUUUCAUGGAAAGUGGCCCUUUUCUCGUUUCCUGUUUUUUCAGGAGCCUGCUUCUGCCUUUGCUUCAUUCCUUAAUGGUCUUGCCAAUUUGGUGAUGCUGAACAAAUAUAAAGCCACUGUUCCCCAUUCUUCUCCCAUGUACCACACCUGCAUUGCCUUUUCUCGGGUGUCUUUAAAUGCCUGGUUUUGGUCCAUGAUUUUUCAUACCCGAGAAACAAAUCUGACUGAGAAAAUGGACUAUUUCUGUGCAUCAGCAGUCAUCCUUUACUCUGUGUACUUGUGUUGUGUCAGAACUCUAGGGCUGAAACGUCCGGCUUUUGCCACUGCCUUUGGGGGUUUCCUGCUCCUUUUUCUGGCCUGCCAUGUUUCCUAUUUGACCCUUGUGCGCUUUGAUUAUGGUUACAAUAUGGCUGCCAAUGUGGCAAUUGGCCUUCUCAAUCUCUUCUGGUGGCUGGGUUGGUGUAGGCAGAACCAGCAACGCCUGCCCUAUGUCUGGAAGUGUGUGGUCGUUGUCCUGCUUCUCCAGAUCUUGGCUCUCUUGGAACUCCUGGAUUUUCCACCCCUGUUUUGGGUCUUCGAUGCCCAUGCCAUCUGGCAUAUCAGUACUAUCCCUGUCAAUAUCCUUUUCUACAGUUUCCUGGUUGAUGACAGUCUUUAUCUCCUGAAGGCCAACUCUGAGAUUCUUAAAAUAGAUUAACACCUGUGGCAGAGGAUAACUUGGAAAAAGCCAUGGACUGCCAUCUAUAAAAGAUACCCCAUUGCUUUGAUAUCUAGUACUGAGGAGUUUGAUGUUCUAAGCCCACUUUGCUCUGAUGAUUGGUGGCAAUUUCCUCUCUACUAUUCUGUUUUGACAUCUCAAAAGCUUCCCUUUCAGAAUUCUGUUGCCAUAGUGUGAUAACCUGAUUGCCUUUUUUUUUUUUUUUUUUGCUUGAAUGUAUCGAGACACGCCUCUUGUCUCCCUGGGAUUAUUUUCGGACCUUUCAUUUGCCUUCUUCAGUUCUUCCUACACUUCUCUGAAGAGAGCAGGGAAAGUUUUAUUUAUUUCAUUCGGUUUCUUUUUUCAUUUUUACAAAAGUGGUUUUGUGGGUUUUGGCUGGUCCAAUAGACUGCAUUGAAAGGACUUCACAAGCCACUUUGGAAAAUAAAUGGCAGCAGUAGGUCUGGCAAACCACAAUCCAUUUUUAUGCUGCUGUUGACUUGAAAUCCAGAUGUGCAGACAAGUGGUCUUAUAAUGCUGAUUCACCAAGAAGCUCUCUGUUUUUUCAGCAAGCCAUCAGGAGUUUAGCACUAUGCUCCUUACUUUCUUGUCAGUCAUGAAAAAAGUAGAAAAUGGAUUCUGUACUGCAAUGACUUUUAAAAAAAUCAAUAAUAUGUGGUGCUGAGGUCAACUGUCUUUUGUAUUAUAUAUUCCAUCACAGUAAUCCUUAUUCUUUCUUGACAUGGACAUGGUCAGUCACAUCAUUUCUUAUAAUUAAGUUGCUCCAAAAAUCUUGAGAACACAACCGGCACCAGAUUUAUUGUCAUCAGAAUUAGCUUCCAGCUUAGAGGAGGAAAAUCACGGGGAAUUACUUAAAAAUAUUUUAAUUAAUCUUUUUGGAUUAAUUUGUGAUAUUUUAAUGGCACAAACUAUUCCUAGCAAACUGCAAAAGCUGUUUGAGAAAUUUCAAAAUGAAAUGCAAACCAGAUCUGGAGGGAAAUUAAAUAGCGUUUCUCCUUUUCUCCACAUCAGGUCCUUUUUUAAAAAAAAAUAACGAUACACACACUGGAGAGUGGGGCAACAGUUUUUAUAUAUAUAUAUAUGUAAUAUAAGGCUCAUCUUGCCACAAAAUUCCAUCUUGGUCAGUGUUCUAUUUUUUCUGAAUCAUUUGUCACUCAAAGUCCUGGAGGAAUUUUUCUGUCUUUUCUAUCUACUCUGUUGGGGCUUCUAUGGCUAUGCCCCAUUUCUGGAACAGCCAGAUCCAUCUGUAUUCAAAGACAGGCUGUUCCUAUAGUUUAAAAUUCUCAUUUUUUGGUGUUCGGCCAUUUUCUUUCUUUUAACUGUAGGGAGGCUUAAAUUAAGGGAUGUCUGUCUGAAGAUGACAAAGUGCCUGGAUAAUCAUGUCAAGAAAUGUUGAUCGUUUGCAGAGACAGGUGACCUCAGGAGAUUUUGAUGCUCCUUAAAUUGUCUCACUGCUGAAGCCUUUCAGGGCAUUCAGUUCAGCAACUCUUACAACGCUUAAAAGAACUCCUUACAUGUUGAGUGUGAACACUUGAGCAAUUUUCUGCCUGUGGGAAAAUUAGAAAAAGUAACCGGAGGCCAAAGUGCCUUUUGCUUGAAGAGGAGUGCCAAAGGAUUCAGAAAUUGCCUGUGACCAGUGAAAAAUCAAAAUAAAAUGUGCAAUGGA